CUGCCUUUCCUCGGCGAGACGCUCGACUUCCUCUCCACCGGAUGGAAAGGCCGUCCCGAAAAGUUCGUGUUCGACCGCGUCACCAAGUUCUCGUCCGAGGUCUUCAAGACCAACAUCGUCGGCAAGCCCGCCGUGCUCCUGGCCGGAGCUGCCGGGAACAAGUUCCUUUUCUCCAACGAGAACAAGCUCGUGGUGGCCGGACUCCGUCAACAAGAUCUUCCCCUUCACGCAGAACAGCUCGUCGGUCGACGAGUCCCGCUGGAUCCGGAAGCUCCUCCCCCACUUCCUCAAAGCUGA